ACCUCCAAGGCUUGUCGGAGAAGCUCCGGAUCCGGCCGCAGCACACCCUAGGAGCGGAGAAGUCCAGGGUCGCAACCUCUCCCCGCGGCGGUGAGGAAGCGAUCAACCUCGAUGGGGAAGCAGAAGAACCGCGCGUCCAGCAGCGGCCUGGCGGCGUCGCUGGUGCCGCAUGCCCAGGGCGCCGCCCCCACCGUCGGUUUCGGCGGCUACCACGGCGCCGCCCGUGUUGAGCCCGCUUCGCCCUCCGACCCCGACGCCCCGAUUCGCCUUACCCCUGAUGUGGAUAGUGAAGUGCUCCAGCACCUGAAAAGGCUAGGAAGGAAGGAUCCAACAACAAAGCUCAAGGCAUUAUCUGCGCUCUCUAUACUCUUUGCACAAAAACCUGGCGAGGAAGUUGUACAAAUUGUUCUACAAUGGACAUUCGAGUACAAGAGACUGCUGCUUGACUAUAACAGAGAAGUCCGUCGUGCUACUCAUGAGGCCAUGUCUAGCCUUGUCACAGCAGUCAAGAAGGGUAUAGCUCCACAUCUGAAGUCCUUGAUGGGUCCUUGGUGGUUUUCUCAGUUUGACCCUGCUCCUGAGGUUGCACAGGCUGCUCGACGUUCAUUUGAGGCGGCAUUCCCACAAUCAGAGAGAAGAUUGGAUGCGCUAAUGUUAUGUGUGAAGGAGACAUUUCUUUACCUAAAUGAGAAUUUGAAGCUAACAACACAAGCUUUGUCUGACAAGGCUACACCAACGGAUGAAUUGGAAGAUAUGCAUCGGAGGGUAAUAUCAUCAUCACUGUUGGCUAUGGCAACUCUUAUCGACAUUUUACUAGGAGUAAAAUUGCAAAACUGUGAUGUAGACAGUACCAAUAGUGAAAAUAGGAGUCUGUCAAAAGUUCGAUCUACUACACUAAACUCUGCUGAAGCCGCAUUUUAUAUGCAUAAAUAUUUUCUUGAUGUCCUCAAGUCAGAAAGUGCUGUUGUACGGUCAGCUACAUAUUCACUGCUUUCAAGUUAUAUCAAACAUGUUCCUCAUGUUUUUGGUGAAGAAACCAUGAAGAUACUUUCCCCCACUCUACUUGGUGCAUUCCAUGAAAAGGAUGCGUCGUGUCACUCUUCUAUGUGGGAUACAAUUCUUGUUUUCUCUAAAAGGUUCCCAGAGGCUUGGUCAUAUUGCAAUAUUAACAAAGUUGUCCUCAGUCGGUUUUGGCAUUUCCUACGAAAUGGAUGCUAUGGGUCCAAACAAGUCUCAUACCCUCUCCUAGUUCAGUUUUUGGACUCUAUACCAUCGAAAGCAGGGAUGGGGCAACAAUUUGUUUUUGAUUUUUUGCAUAAUCUUUGGGAUGGAAGGAACCACAGACAGUUAUCAGCUGCUGAUAGUUUGGCUUUCUGUAUUGCAUUUAAACAGAGCUUUUUGUGGCUUCUAGAAAAUGUAUCAAGAUAUUCUGGAGGAGAUUCUUCAGAUAAUAUUUGCAUCAAGCUUAUAAUUGAUAUACUUGCCAAAAUUGUUUGGUGUGACUAUCUUUUGCUGUCUGAUGGCGCAACUACUGAUGGUGUUCAGUUAUCUCACAAAAAUUCGCUGUCGGUGGCAAACACACGCUACCCAACAAACUAUCUUCAGGAUUUGGAGAAAUGUAUUAUUGAAAUACUGGAUGUGAUUGCAGAUACAGAAAAUCAUUUGCUAGAAGUUACUUGUGAGUCGCUGUUAAGGUACUGUUUAGACAUAAUUCAACAAGGGGAGAAGCUGUCAAAGUUUCAGGAUCAUGUAGAACAACUUGUGUCUUUCUUUCUUUCUUUGGAUCUACUUGUUGUGCAGAAAGGUAAAGCAUGGCCACUGGAAAGAUUAGCUAGACCACUGGUUGAACAAUCCUUGCCAGCUAUCAAGUCCAUGGACACUCCAAGCCUUGUUAAGCUUCUUUCAGUUUUGGUUGAAAUAUUUGGGCCCACCCCUCUAUUUUUAAAGAAUUUUCAGAAAAUUGAUAAAAUAUCAGAUAUCAAGCCUUAUCUGGAGGUGUUCAAUGAUGACUUUCUCCCUUGGUGCUUGAAUGGAAAAUAUAGCACCUGCAACUCAAAGAUUGAUUUAUUGCUUUCCUUAUUUCAAGAUGAGUGCUUCUUUGACCAAUGGAGUUCCGUCAUCAAUUAUAGUAAAGCUAAACAAAAGCACUCUGUUGAUGAUAAGACCUCAAACAUUAAGGACCCAUUUGAAUUGCUUACACUAUUACUUCAGAAAGUCAGAGAAAGAAUUGCUGGGGGAAAGCUAAGAAACUUACAGAAAAAUGGUUAUCUGCCAGAACAUUGGCGGCAUGACCUAUUGGAUUCUGCUGCUGUUUCUGUCUUCUGUGAUUUGCAUGCUGCAGAUUCUCAUGCUAAUUUUCUAUGUGCUGCACUUGGUGGCUCAGAUCAAGAGGAUCAUAUUUGUUUUCUUUCUGCUGAGACUGUUUGCAAAGUUCUUGGAUUCAUUUCAAAGGAUUUGGCAUCUGUACUCGUCACAUCAACUUUUGAAUGGGCAAGGUUUGCAUAUGCUCUGUUGUUGCCUGCUGAACCAGGACACUUGAAGCUUCCAGAAGAACAUUCCUUGUCAAUAAACUUUGAGAUGGCUCGAUUUGCUUUUGGUGUGCUUCAGGGUAGCUUGUUUUCGCUAGGGUCAACUGAGGAAGAUUCUUUGUUUCCUUCUAUUCUGGCAGCUCUGUUUAUCAUUGAAUGGGAAUGUAGCAUGGCUUUAACUCUUGGUGGCAAAAAUGAUUUGGAAGGUCAUAAAGACGAUAUCGAUGUUGGUGCUUCUAUGUGCAAAAAUUCAAAAGAUCAUUUGGAUGAGGAGAUGCAUUUGAAGGCUAGCCUUGCAGAAAGUAUACAAGCUUUUCUCCAAAGCUUAAGUCCAUCCUUUUGGAAUAACCUUCCUUCAUGCGCUUUGAAUAGAUUGGUGAAUAUUCUAGCUCAGUCUGUCAAGUUUGCUGUAUUUCAGAUGACAGAAUUACGUGUUGAUGAGACAGCAGUCUUGUGUUCAGAGUGGGUGGUGGACAUGUUGAAGCUCACCUGUCUUGAUCACAUAAAUUUGCAAAGUUUUUUUGAUCUUUUGUUAUCUGAGGGAGAAUAUUGGCCGCUCUGGUUGAAGCCAUAUUUACAAAAUGGGCAGCCAUCUACGAAGGUCCAAUUUGAGCCAACUAUCACAGAUGAAAUUGAACUGAGACACCAGCGAUUUGUUGCUUUUGUUGAUAGCCUUAUUCUCAAUCUUGGCUUUAGUGAAGUGAUAUUAGGUAUUCCAGGAAAUCUACAUCAAGCCACAUCACAAUCAAUUGAUAUUACUUCACGUAUCUCUUCCUCGUCUAGAGCCUGGGUGGCUGGUGAGAUCCUUUGCACUUGGACAUGGACAGGGGGGAGUGCAUUGAAAACAUUAUUACCUUCUCUGGUUCAGUACAUGAAAAUUGAAUCAUGUCUUGAGGUCAGCAUUGUGUCCUUGUUGUUUGACACAUUGCUAAGCGGUGCCCUUAUGCAUGAGAGUGGUCAGUGGAUGCUGUUUAAUGCUUGGCAUCUUUCUGACAACGAGAUUGAGAAAAUUCAAAACCGUUUUCUCCGUGCUCUUGUGGCUUUGUUAUUUACUACUAACACCAAUGAUUGUAUUUGGAGAGAAUCUGAUGCACUUGUAUUUUUUGAGCAACUAUUAAGCAAUCUUUUUAUUGGUUCAACAAUCAAUAUAAAAUGUCUGAAGGUUCUUCCCUUUGUUAUGAGUACCAUCAUCAAACCCUUGUCAGAGAAAUUGAAAUUGAAUGAAGAUUCUUUGUAUGCUGAUUUGGUGGGGCAAAACAUAUUGAGUUGGUUUGAUAAGGCCAUCUCUUGUCUGUCAUCCAGCCCAAGGGAAGUACCAGUUCAAGAUAUUGAGGACUGGAUGCAAGUGGUGAUGUCUUGCUUCCCAUUGAGGAUAACUGGAGGAGCCCAGAAAUCAGUAGUUAUGGUUGAACGAGAGAUCAGUGAUGCAGAAAGAUCAUUACUGCUGACACUGUUUCAGAAAUACCAGAUUUUCUAUAAUAGCGCAUCUUCGUCAUUGUCGUCCACUAGUAAAAGUGCGAUAUCAACGACAGUUGAAUUACUGGGAGUGAAACUGACGGCUGUUAUGGUUGGCUAUUGCUGGACAAAACUUCAGGAAAAUGAUUGGCAUUUUGUAUUCCGUGUGGUAUUCAGGUGUAUCAAAUCGUCUGUUUUGCUUGUGGAAGAAAUGACAGAUGGCAUAAACGAUGCCAUAAUAAACCAUAAAUCAAGUGAAGAUACCUUGGAGAAGCUUAAAUUAGUGGUUAGCACUACAGACGAGUUAACAUUAAGCUUUGCAGAAUCCGCUUUGGUUACACUGUGUCACCUCAACCAUCUUGGUAACCUCCAAGAAGCAGAAAAUUCUCAGAGUUUGCAGCUUAUUAGGUCAGGGGAGUAUGCUGAGAGUAAUGACAAGAUGGUAGAGAGUAUCCUCCGUUUAUUCUUGGCUUCUGGUGUUUCAGAGGCAAUUGCAAAUUAUUUUAGUGAAGAGGCUUCAUCCGUCGUAGCUUCCAGUCGUCAUGCUUAUUUGCAUUUUUGGGAACUUGUAGCAUCAUUCAUCAAUAAUGCUUCACCAGAGAUUAGAAAGUCUGCACUAGAGUCCAUGGAACUGUGGGGACUUACCAAGGGUUCAGUCAGUGGUCUAUAUUCGAUUCUUUUCUCCUCAAAGCCAAUAUUUCACUUACAGCUUGCCGCUUUCUCUCUACUUCUGUCUGAUCCCUUCUGUCAACUUUCACUGGUCAAAGAUUGUUCUCUGGGAGAAAAUUGUUCAUCUGCCCAGCAAUCUGACAUAAGCCAAAGUGCCAAGUUGGUGCCAGAUUCGGAUAAGACCCUAUAUCUCAGAGAUGAACUCUCAUCCUUAAUUGAGUUUCCAACAUCUGAACUUCUCAAAACAGAUCUGACAGCUCGAGACAGGGUUGAUGUCUUCAUUGCGUGGGCAUUGUUGUUGUCCCACCUGCAGUUACUACCAUCAUCUUCCAGUACUAGGGAAAAUGUCCUUCAAUAUAUACAAGAUAAGAUCAGUCCGUCCAUAUUGGAUUGCAUUUUCCAGCAUAUCCCACUAAAGAUUGCUGCACCGAGCGGGAAGAAAAAGGAUGCUGUGCUCAUGCCAGAAGCUGAGGUUGCUGCCAAAGCUUCUAAGAAUGCCAUAGUUACUUGCUCAUUGCUGCCAUACGUGGAAUCUCUUUGGCCCGUUGGGACUUGGCAAAUGGCCUCACUUGCAGGGUCAUUGUACGGGAUGAUGAUUAGACUGCUACCUUCUUUUGUGCGCACAUGGUUUACUACCUUGAGAGACCGUUCAUUGUCAUUCUCAAUCGAGUCCUUUACCAGACAAUGGUGCAGCCCGCCUCUUCUGCUAGACGAAUUUUCUCAGGUUAAGGAUUCUGUGUAUGCUGAUGAGAAUUUCUCAGUUAGCGUCAACCGGUCAGCUUAUGAAAUUGUUGCUACAUACAAAAAGGAGGAGACAGGAAUUGAUCUUGUUAUACGUCUCCCCAAUUGUUACCCCCUUCGCCAUGUCGAUGUUGAAUGCACUAGAAGUUUAGGUAUCAGUGAAGUAAAGUGUAGAAAAUGGUUGCUUUCCCUCACAUCAUUCGUCCGGAACCAGAAUGGCGCAAUAGCAGAGGCGAUCCGCACGUGGAAGAGCAAUUUUGACAAGGAGUUUGAGGGCGUGGAGGAAUGCCCAAUCUGUUACAGCAUUCUCCACACGAGCAACCACAGCCUUCCGCGGCUGGCGUGCAAGACUUGCAGGCACAAAUUCCACGGUGCCUGCCUCUACAAGUGGUUCUCAACAUCCAACAAAUCAACUUGCCCGCUGUGCCAGACUCCCUUCUAGACUCGCGUAACAUGUUUUUAAGGGGAGAUAGACUCGCAUAAUAUGAACUUGUAAAGUGAAUUGUGUGGGUCAAACAACCUUCCCUUGUGGUUGGUUUCUUCACUGAUGUUUGUUGCCAUCGGUCAAUCAUUCCUGUAAAUGAUAUGUAUGUAUUGUUACAGGAUGCGAUCUACAGCUCCGAGUUGUAAUGCCCAUGGGCUAGCUAACAUGGACGGCUCGCUUUUCUUUUGCGAUCGGUUCCAUCCAGUUAGUGCCACAACUGGCGCUGGUCAAUAA